AUGCCCCUCUACAUCCCUCUGGGCGCGAGGUUCGAAAGUGACGCAAGCGUGCGCGAGCGCCUCGAGCGGCAGCGUAUGGCACAUCGAACCAACAUCCUACGUCAUGGCACCGCCGAGCAGCGCCGCCAAGUACUGAAGAUGAAGCCGCUUCCACUUCCCGAGGACCCUGAGGCCGUGGCGGUGCCCGGCACUGCCGUUCUCGACCUUCCCGGGGGCGCGGACGCUUCCCUCGGGGCACGCAACGGCACCGACGUCUUGGGUCCGCUAGCACUUCUGUCGCGGCGCUACGAUGGCGUGCAUCACGACGACGAUGGCAAGCACGUCGCUACACCAAGCACCGAUUACUCCACGUUCAUGGAGGUGCUCUGCCCAAACGGACUAUCGCUGCUGGAGCUUCUCCCCCUAGCACCUCGAACCACACGCCAGCACCCCAAAGGCCCACGCUGCAAAUCUCAUCAACCCCAGCUCGAAUCCACUCUGCCAUCGCAAUGGUGUGCACUGCAUCCUCGCUUGACACCCGCUGCUGUAGCGGCUACAAUACCCGCAGCACUGCUCUCACUCGGGUACAAUACCUUGGCAGCGCACGAACUCCCUUCAGUCUCUUUGGUCAACACCUCCACCUCAGUCGCCACUUCUGCGCAGCCAGGUUUAGACGACACCUACGUUGAUGCCCCAGUCACCUUUGUCAGUGAGGCUACCUCGCCUCUCGCAUCUCCAGAGGAUGGAUCGGUUACUCCAAUGCAGAGCAUCACCGAUCCCGCUAGUGACAUCAUACAAGCCACUGCUACUGCACAUGUUGAUGACGACGACACCAAUCUGGGCAUCUUUGUCAGUGCCGGCUUCUUCUCGCUUGCCGCGCCCCACUGCGGAAGCCCCCCGCGCUCGCGGCUGUCCCUCCGCCGGAGUCCGUUCAGCUUGAGCAGGGGACUGCACGCUGACUCUGUCCACCACAACGCCAGAAGUGUUGGCAGCCUCAGCUCCACCCUCUCUCACAGUCACAGAGCACUAAAAGGCUCAUCAGAACUGUCCUUGCCUACCUCGAGCGCUACAAGUGCUCAGCUGACCUCUCUGGCGGUUGUUGACAACUACGAUUUAGGUGGCCGCGUACUCUUCACGGAUCGGUUUGUGAAGGCGCAGUCCCACACUGCGUUGCCCAUCAUGAUUUCCGCCUUCAAGCAGUACAUGCGCUCGACCUCCACUACAGCUUCGAGCUCGCCUCUCACGCACAACCAGUCGGUGGAGAUCCACACUCUGUCCGAGUACCGGUCCUCACUGCCGCACCAGCAGCUGCCGAAUUCUCGCCAGAAACUCCAUCCCUGUCAGCCCGGCAUUCCGCUCAAAAGCCACAGCACCAACACAGAGAUCGAGAAUUGUGUCCUCGAAGCCGGCAGGGGCAUCCGCCCCACUUUUCGCCGUGUCGACCCUGCCGAUCUCUACGGCACCAGCCACUACGUCCCCAGAGACUUGAGUUCGACGAAAUAG